AUGUCUGAUCAAUCAAAGAAGAGAAAGGCGAGUCAAAAUGACUUGUGGGAGAUGGUUCCAUCAGAUCUCACAGACGAAGAUGAUAUUAAGGAGAUACCCAUCACCAAAAAUAUCAAGAGAAUUGCAGUACUUCAGAGAUAUUCAGCUUAUCAAAAAACCCUGAAUGCUCGAGUCCAGUUCAGUACAGCAGCUUCAACAUCGGCCGAGAGUGAGGCAAAACCAUCGCUGUCUUUUCUUGAGAAGCACAGUACUCAAAUGAUUGAUAUUUAUGUCGGGGAAGAAAAGAUAUUGUUUCGUGUUUACAAAGACACUUUAUGCAACAAGAUUGAAUUCUUCGAUAGGAUGUUCAACGGAAAAUUCAAAGAAGCGAACGAGAACGCGGCGGUACUCCCAGAAGAUGAUCCCGAAGCUUUCGAUAUGUUAAUUUUUCGCAAAAAGUUGCAUCUUUGGGUUUUAGCGGACAAGCUUUGCUUGGCAAAUCUACAAGAUUAUGUUAUGAACAUCUGGCGAGGCGAAGACAAGAUUGGCGAAAUUUACUACACAGCUGAAGAGUUCCAGUAUAUUUUUGGGAAGACAGCAAGCAAAUCACCACCCCGCCAGUAUGCUGCCCGUAUGCUUCGAUUCCAGUCAUUGAAACGACCAACUGUGGGGCGUGAGUACUUGACCGAUUCUUAUGGCGAACCCAUUCCAUUAUCUGGUGUUGAUGUGACCGCCCUCACUGAGCUCCUAGCCAAAGAUAAGGAAAUGUUGGAGAGUUAUUUGGAAUUGGCAGGAAGAACGAACGAUUUGAGUGGCAAUGAGAUGGAUCCCAGAGUGAUGGAUCUAUAUUGA